UCCUUUCUUGUCACUCGUUAUUCAUAGGUUGCUCGUACAUCCAUUCAUUCCGAUCAUGUUCUGUUCGUCAUAAGGUGUUUUGUCCACCUGCCUCUUAGCUGGACUAAGUCAUCAUUCAGAAAGCGACCCCUCCGGUACUUAUCAAACCGAGUACGUACUUGCAAGGUAGCCGAAAGUCGAAGUACUAUACCUUCAUUCUGGAAAUCUUGUCUUGGAAACAUCGCGAGUCUUUGGUGAGACUAUCUCUCAAAAUGAAGCAUUCUUCCUUGAUUGGGAUUGUGGCUACCACGUUGAUCGUGAUGACCGAUGCUCAUACCACUUUCACUACCCUCUUCGUCAACGACGUUUCCCAAGGAGAUGGAACAUGUGUGCGGAUGAGCAUGGAUCCUCAGACAUGCUCCUAUCCAAUAGCUAGCAUAAGCAGCGACGACAUGGCUUGCGGCGCCAGUGGUAGCCAACCUGUGGCCUUCACCUGUCCCGCGUCGACUGGCGGAAAGCUCAGUUUUGAGUGGCGCGAAUGGGCCGAUGCUGAGCAGCCAGGUGCCAUAGAUAUCUCACACAAGGGGCCUUGUGCAGUAUACGCCAAACAAGUUCAGAAUAUGACAACGGAUUCUGCUGCUGGACCGGGCUGGAUUAAACUCUGGGACGAAGGGUAUGACGAUACCAGCGGCAAGUGGUGCACAGAAAAGUUGAUUGACAACAAUGGCCUGAUGUCUAUCGACCUCCCCGAGUUUCUUUCUAGCGGAUACUGGCUCAUCCGACCUGAACUGCUAGCCCUUCACGAAGCCGACAAGGGCGAUCCGCAGUUUUAUACAGGGUGUGCUCAGGUAUAUAUUCAGAAUGGCAGCCCGGCACCCCUUAACGUCCCAGCAGAAUACAGCGUCAGUAUUCCGGGCUACGUCAAGUCCACCGACCCAGGGCUGACCUUCAACAUCUACUCGCCGAAGUUUCCUUACCCGAUGCCCGGGCCGAAGGUCUACCAGCCCGCAGAAUCGGCGAGCAAGGCCGUGUUAGCUUCGGCAUCAUCGAAAGUCUCACAGCAGAGCAAGGGGGUGAUUCCUUCUAACUAUCUCAUCAAGAACGCGAACUGGGUCGGCGUGGAGGUGCCGGACUACUCGACCGAGGAUGGCUGCUGGAAGUCGUCCGAGGCAUGCUUCGCCCAGGCAAAGGAGUGCUACGAUUCGGCGCCGCCGACUGGCUCGGCCAACUGCCACGUCUGGGAGAACAAGUGCGACGGGAUCAGCGCCGCUUGUAACGCGGGGAAUUUCAACGGGCCCCCGAAUAAGGGGCAGAAGCUCCAGAGUAAGGGCCCGGCGCCGCCACCCGAAAUCCCGGCAGCUGUCAAUGCACGUCGCUCUAGGAAAUUGCGGAUACGACGUGCUAAGGCAUUGGAUGUGAGACUUCUUUGAAAUACUUUGGGGUAGAUUUGCAUAAACGCUCCAUCUUAUAACUCAGAGGCUGGGGCCAGUGUGGA